GCAAGAUGUCAAUUACAUGAUAAUGUCAAUGGCUUAUUUUAUAUUUUCUUUGAUUGGCUUUUAAAAUUAAUUUCUUAACUAUAAGUGUAGUUCCAUGUAGAGGGUGGUUUCAUUUUGGUCUCUGCGGUCAGCAGUCGAAAUUAUUGUGAGAAAAUCUAUUAGUAGAUUUUGUUUAACCGCCAUCAGAAUCAAACUCAUAAUAAAACAUGGCUAUAACUUCAUUCGAUAUUUCGUGUAAUAUAAAUAAAGUACCAAUUGAAUCAACUUGUUCAGCAAUUAGUUCGAAAGGAGAAAAUUCAUGUCGAUUAUUAAAAAUAAAUAUAGCGACGGACAGAAGCUUGUCAAGCAAUGCUAGUAGGCGUACUAAUAAAUCUAAAAAGAACAGCUCCCGGUCUCCGUAUCUGGCUAACGACAGAGUUCAAUUACUUUCAAGAGUUACAGAAAAAAGAAUGGUUCAUCAAAAAACAACUGACAUUGUUUCGUCUUUUCCGUUGGCAGUAAAUAUUUACAAAGCAAGUUCUGAUGAAUUCAAAUCACCAAAAAAAGCUAAGAAAGUUAAAAAAUCUGUGCUAACUCUUCCAAACGAUCCGGCUCCAACGCCACAAAUAUGCACAGUAAGUGAUAUGAAUGAUUCGGAAUAUUGCGAAAAACUGAGCCUAGAUCGCAAACAGAAAGUUAUUAAAAAGCGUAAUCCAACUCAAAAUAACAGGAAGACUCGAGUGCGACAAAAAGAUUUUGAAUUUUACGACAGAGACGCACGAUUUUGUUCCCAACUAAACAUAGAUCUAGAUUGUAGCUCGACAGACAUGAUGAAAAAUUUCAAUGGAGACGGCAGUAAAGUGUUCACCAAGAAAAAAUUAACAUCUUGUAAACCUCAAUCAGGUAUAUCUGGCAACCUGAGUGAUGUUUGGACCGUGCUUAGAAAUAUAAACAAGUUUCAGUUUAGGCCAUCACCUCCGGCGUCGGAAGAAAGCAUCAUACCAGUAAAAAAUAAAUCACAUAAAAGAAGGCGAAAUCGUAAAGACGCACGAGUGAUUGAGACUUGUCAUACCAAAGAGUUUGCAUACAUAUCUAGUUACGAAGUGGAUGAUAAAUCUCCCCGUACUUUCUCCCCAUCCUCUAGUGCAGACCGAAUCACGGUUAUUGAAAAACAAAAUGAAUUUAGUAAAAUAUGCAAAGAAUUUGAAAAACGACUUCUUAAAACCCACGAUUUUCUUAAAGACAGUAGUAAUACCGUUAAUACAAAAAUUAAAAGUCCGAAACUUAAAAACCAGUUUAAAAGUUCCAAAAAGAAUAUGAAAGCUAUAACUAAUGUUGGAACAAAAGAACAUAAACCUACUUUGAAAAAAAAGAAGAAGAAAGCGAAGCGUCCUAUCGAUCAACAAAGUAAAUUUGCACCAACUAGUAGCAGUGGAAAUAGAGACUCACUAUUGGAUGCUGAAACACUAAAACUCAAUUAUAAUUCUGAUGUAUCAUUACAUAAAGCUAAAACAAAUGAUAGUACGUGCCAUACUAAAGGAAGCUUCGUUUAUUCAGAUUAUUCAGGUUCAAGCAAAGCUGAACUACCACAAAAACAGGAUGAACAAAAGAGUAUUGGUGGUAAAUUACUUGCGGCGUGCAGUCAGCGCGCCGGCUGCGAGGUGAAAGCUUUUAACAAUACCUACCUAGAUGCGACGUUGUUUCGCUGGCGCCUGGUGGGCGGCGCGCCGUCAUCUCGCCGACGCCGCGCUGUUGGCGCGCGGGCGGCGCGUCAGAAAUCAAAUGUAAAUUCUGUUUUGCUAGUAAAUAACUCAUCUCCAGUAGGCAUAACCAAGGAGCAAUUGUUGCCUACUAGUUUAAUCUUACCUAAGGAAUGUGAUCCUCCAAAAAGGAAACCACGUUUGGUUACUACAAUGCCGAGUUCAUGUAUAAUACCAAAAUUAACACAGACUGAAGUAAAAAGAAGACUAGCGAAUAUCAGGUUUCCAAUCGUCGUCUUAGGAAAAGAUCAAGUCAGUUCAGGUGUAAAGGUAAUUGAUUACGAUCCACCACAAUUCAGUGGCUUAGAAGACCACAUAUGGCCAUUUAUGGUGGAUUGGUCUUCGAAAACCACGAAAACUGCCGUACAUCACAAUAGCACUAUAAACAAAAAAAGUGUUUCUUUUGUGUCGGACACAAAUUCAAGUAAGUCGCGCAAAACCAAUACAAAAGUAACCAUACCCAAACCAUCGCCGGUAACUUGCACGGACAAGAAAACUGUAACUAUUGAAACAGCUCCUAUAAAUAAGAAGAAAGUUGAAGUUAAAUAUCCACCUUCUACUGAUAUAGCUGACAAGUUAUUGCAAUGUUCUAAGAAGCAAAAAUCGAUUGUACAAUUGAAAGACAAAAUGUUGAACUUUUUAUAUAAAAAGACUUCAAAUCGCACCGUUAAUUCAAACAUUGAUCAAAAUGUUGAAAGCAAAUCAAAUCCUGAAAUUGAACUGAAGCCUACAAAUCCUUCGGUUCUUAAUGAUGCAACUAAGAGAAAAGCUGUUCCCAACUCGUUUCCAGUGGUGGGGAGAAACAAGAAACCCCAAAUUUAUACAUAUCCAUGGGCCAAAGCGAAAUGGGCGAGUGAUUUCAUAGAAAAUGUUAUAAGGAAAAUCCGAAACGGAGUUUAUUACAAUCAAGAACAUAAAGAUUUUAGUCAGAUAUUUCCAAUUGGUAACAUAAUUAUUGAUUAUAUUAGUAUAUUCAAACUUUUAUCGCAUUACCUAACAAAGUUUAAUAAUGUAAUUAAAAUUAUUAAUAUUAUAUUCUCCGUUUUAGAUUUAAAAGAAGUCUCAGUACAAACUGGAUCAUUGUGCGAUUUUUCAGAUUCUACACAGAGUUAUGAUAGUGAUACAGAUCCUGUGCAUGAUCUAAUAGAACUUCCUAAUAUACCAGGAUUUAAUCAUACACAACCUGUACUUGAAAUCAAAACGCUAAAUACAAACCAAAUUGCAGUGAAACACUGUGUGACGAAUGUUAUGGUGCAGUUUGACGUAACAGUUCCAGCUAAGGACACCAAAAGUACUACUAGUAUCACUAAAACUUUACCUUUAAUACCAUUAGAGGUAACAGAUAGCCAUACGAAAGUAUACAAAUGCAAAACAACCAUUUUUAAUGGUAUGUUACCUGCGGAGAUAUGCAGUAUUCUACCGAAAAUGAUGAACAAUAUCAUCAAUUCAUCAAAUACAAAUAUUGGCACAGACAACUCCUUCACAAUAAGUCCAACAAAAACAGAAUCCUGUUUAUCCACGAUAACGGAACAAGCUCGGUAUGAAAAUGCUGAAUCCUUGAGUCUCAAAAUAUUGAGUGAUCUCUCAACAUCCAAAUUGAGAAGAAGUUUCGAAGGAAGUUUUUCAAAUAAAGCCCUGAUUAAACCAAUAUUUAAGAAAAACGUUUUUCAAAUUGAUUACAACAUUUGUUUCGCGACCGAUCUAUUACCCCAGGUUUCGUUGGACGAUUUACUGCAGUAUGAAGUGAGUCCAUUAGCUGUUGAAGUGGACAAUUGCAAAUAUGAACAGUUGCAUUUACCUUCAAAUGGACCCGUAACUGAUUUAGUACCACCUACUUGCACUACUUUGGCAAUGUACACUAGUACUACUAACAGAUUAACUGCAGCUUCCUCAUCCUGUGAUCUUAUUGAUAUGAUGAAAAGUUUAUGUGACUGUAAACAACAUAAAAUUGAUUCAUUGUUCAAAGCAUCGCCAAAAGGCAAUGUCAACAAAAGAGUACGAGGCAAAGCUCCUAUAAAAUGUAUAGAAUACGUAAAUACAGUGCUAGCAAACAGAACUAAGAGCACAGAAGUAAGCCAAGUUACAUUUAACAAAGUCAAAAGAAAAGGAUUAUAUAAACUUUAUAGAAAAUGUAAAUCAACCACUAAUGUACUGAUACCAGGGGACAAAAAUCCUUAUACACCACUAAAUAAAAUCACAACUAUGGAUGAAUUCUUUCAAGUUCUUGGAUCCAAAAAAUUGCUUUCUAGCGUCUUUGAUGGGUAUUCUUCAGAAAAAAUUUUAUCCUCGAUAUUGGAGAUGAAGAAUUGGAUAUCUGAAAUAAACGCGAAGCAGGCUUUACUGAUUUUAUUACUGACGAAUAAGAAAGAUACGCAGAAUUUAGUGCGAUUCAGGCCAAUAAUUCUGCAGGGUAUCGCAGUCAACAGGAUCACUCGAGCUACUGAAUUAGAUAUGGAGAUUGAAGUCAUUGAAAGAGAAAAUUUAAAUAAAUUUUCGCAGUUUGAUGGAAUAUCAUACUUGCCGGCUUCUGUCACGGAAUAUGACAAUCUUUUAGAAGAGUUAUACUGGAUAGCUAAGACUACUGCUUCAGAUUAUCAAAGACCUUUUGAUGAAUCGUCAGAAAGGCUUCUGAAGUCUUUGUUGGAGAAACGUAAGAAGUUAAAUCCAUCGUAUCUCAGAGUAAUGGCACGCUAUGUGGGCCUCGGACUACUUAAACCGCCGGCAAAAUGCUAAAAAUUAAAACGUGUGCUGUUUUAAAUUAUUUAAUUGACAUAAAUUAUUGAAGUUUGUGAUAGUCUGAAAUUGACGAGUGGUUUGUAAGUAAUAUUUAUUUUAUAUAUCUAUUUAUGGUAAUAAAUAUUUUAUAAAAUUAAA